AAAAAACAAACAUGGCGGGUAGUAACCUUGGAGGAAUUUACUCGAGUGGACAUUCUUUUACCGUAAUACACAAGAUGGUGAAGAAAGAGGCAUCACGUCAGUGUUAAAAUGGUGAACUACUUUGCCUUGGUUUGACACAUCUCUAAACAUUGCCAGUGAUGUCUGUCUCUAGUCCACAACCGAUACCACCCAUUGGUAGCAGCCCAACUAACCGGCGGUACGCCAAUGCCUCUGUCUCUCAGGCUCACAAGGACAUCACCGAUGAUCGCUACAAAGAUCUACGUCGAUCGAGAAAAGUGAAAUUCUUCGUGAACGGGGACCGCUACUUCAAAGGGAAGAAGAUGUACAUCACUCCAAACAGAUACUUCAACUUCAACGACCUUCUCAACGACCUGACGGGAAAGCUGCCCAACAACCUCAACUUGCCGUACGGAGUGCGACAGAUCUUCACUCCCGUCGAGGGGCGGAGGAUCACGAACAUUGAGGACAUGACUGAUGGGCAGUCGUACGUCUGUGCUGGGUUUGAAGGAUUCAAAGGCAUCAAAUACGGAAAAGCGGAUCUCGAACCGUGGUCUGUUGCCAAAGCUCAAAAGCUUGGACAAAGCGAAGAUGGCAGCAAUCCACUUGGUUCUUACAAGUAUCGUGGGUAUGCCAGCAACAACGCAUUCCACCCUGGACGGUACUUCCGGUCUAACGCGAGCAAUCAACACCGGCGCUACCCAGGGGCUUUUGGAAUGGCCACUGGAAACGCAUACCUCGCCCAAUCAGACUCUUUACCGAUAAAACCGAAAGUUGUCACUAUUGUACGAAAUGGUUCGAAACCAAGGAAUAAUGUAAGGAUUUUAUUGAAUCGUCGUAGUGUUCAGUCUUUCGAACAGCUCAUGGCUGAUAUCUCGGAAGCAUUUGGGCCAAAGUGGAAAAAUAACAAAGUGUGUAGAUUGUAUACAAUGAAAGGACGUGAAGUUCAGAGUGUUUCAGAUUUUUUCCGACAAGAUGAUGUGUUUGUAGGGGUAGGACUCAACGAAACAUUGUCAGCUACAGAUGCUCAAGAUAUUUUUGAAGAACUUUACCCCGACAGUCCGUAUGCUAAAAAUGUUCACAGGAACUGGGAAAGACAAAGGAAGAAGAGACAUGCCGAACGCCAUAAAGUUGAAGUAUUGAAAGAUCACGAACCUGAUAAACGGGACAGUGGGUUUGGCGAAAGUACUGACGGAAGUAACAGCAAUCGCGAGUCGGACCAGGAACUGGGAUACGGUCGAAAGAGUAAAGUCCCUGAUGAAAGUCAUUCGGUUAGUCCUCAUCCCAAAGAACUCGUUCCCAAAAUUGAUAAAGAAAGGGGAAAUGCAGCUUAUGAAGAAACCGAACGCUCAAAGAAACGACAAGCUAAGAUGGUAGACUCUGAACGGAGAGCCCUUGAAGAUGAGAAACGCAAACGUGGGUUGGUUGCGCUGAAACCACGAGAUGAUCCGUUUAAAAAGAUAAAAGACCGCGAAAAAGAGAGAAUUGAAGCUAGAAAGCGCAGAGAGAAUGAACGAAGACUGCAAGAGAUAGAAGAAGAGAAAGUAAGACAGAGACUAGAAGAGGCCAAAGCAAGAAGACAGAAGGAAUUGGAGGAAGCAGAAGCUGCUGCAAGACAGAGACAACUCGCAGCAGAAAGAGCAGAGCAGGAGAGAUUGCAGGCAGAGGCCAUGUCUGCUACAGAGGAUAUUACAAACACAGAAAAUAAACCCGAAAGUGUAAAAAGUGAAAAAUCAAAGGUGGACAGUGUGACAAAAGUUGAGGCAGAUGUUGUGAACGUCAAAGAAGAAGGUCAUGUGAAAGAACGAGAGACGGAUAAAGAGAACGAAAAACCUCCACCUAAAAAAAGGACCAAAUUGAAAAUUGUUCGAAAGACUAAGGCCGAGAGACGGGUGGACGGGGAUGAUUAUGUGCUUUCAAGAUACGACUUGGGGCGGACUUUAGGGGACGGGAAUUUUGCCAUUGUGCGACAGUCCAAGUCAAAGGUGACAGGUCAGGAGUUUGCGAUGAAGGUUAUUGACAAACACAAACUGAAGGGUAAAGAGCACAUGGUUGAGAAUGAGAUUGAGAUAAUGAAGGACUGCAAUCAUCAGAACAUUGUCAAGUUGUAUGAGGAGUAUGAAACAGAUGAUAAAAUAUAUCUGGUCAUGGAGCUCGUCAAGGGAGGUGAUUUGUUUGAUGCCAUCACACAGAGUGUCAAGUUUGGAGAGGUUGAUUCCGCCAACAUGGUGAAGGACCUGUGUAGCGCUCUCUUCUACCUGCACUCUCGCGAAAUCGUCCACCGAGAUCUGAAACCAGAAAACCUUUUGGUCCACCGGAAUAAGGAUGGUACGAUAACAUUAAAACUGGCUGACUUCGGCCUGGCAAUGGAAGUAAAGGAGGCCAUUUAUACAGUGUGUGGCACACCAACAUACGUUGCACCUGAAAUACUGUCGGAAAUUGGGUAUGGACUUGAAGUGGAUAUGUGGGCUAUAGGGGUAAUCACCUACAUUUUGCUCUGUGGCUUUCCGCCAUUUCGCAGUCCAGAUCGAAACCAGACGGAACUGUUCGAAUUCAUUAAGGCUGGGAAGUACGAGUUUUUAAGUCCAUAUUGGGAUAAUACUUCACAUGUUGCCAAGGAUCUGAUUCUGCGCUUGUUGAUUGUGGACAAGAAGCGACGUUACACAGCAAUCGACGUACUCAGUCACCCGUGGAUUAUAUUUGGUGGAGACACGUCUACGCCACGGGAUACCAAAAUGGAAGAAUUACGAAGAGAGAGAAGAAAAGAGUUGGAAUCACAAGGAAGACAGAAUCUUGAGAGCUACCAAAAGUUGAAAGAAAGAAGAAAAGCAGCAAAACGUGAAUAACAAACAAAAAAUAAAAACCCAGAGUCCUCAUAUAUAGAACUUUAAAUUAAAAUGGAGGUUAUACGGUUUCAGAGUAUAUUUUACAUAUUAACAUAUUGCUAUUCAUCAAAACCCUACUGAGAAUGUAUUUUAUAACAAAUGUUUAAGGAUGAUGCAUUCUUCACUUAAAUGUAUGCAUAUAUUUAUGAUUAAUCAUGCACGACUCAAUGUUUUCAAGUUCGUAACAAAAUGUUUGACACAUGUGAAAGGAUGUAUCCUGAGUUUGAAACCAUUGUAACAUGUUUCCAAAUAAUAAAUCCUUUUUGACAACUAAAGUUACAUCUGGAAUACAGUUUAGUUUUUAGAAUAUAAGUUUCUAUAUAUUAAAUAUGUCAUCUUAAUGUUUGUAAUAACUCUUAAUUUCAUUUUACUUCCUAUGUAACUUUUUUGACACAUUUGAAAUUAUUUGGAGGUGAAAAAACCCUAGUACUUUGGAUAACAAAAAUCGCCUUGAAUGCAUUCUUCACUUUAGAUGAGAGAAUACAUUUGAUUUGUAACUUUAGUUCUUAAAGAUACUGUUAGUUGAAAACCUGUUACAUUGGCUCACAUA